AGAUGGCCGCCCUUCCGGUCCAGGGCGGAAGUGGGGUGGUAACGGGCGCUCGUUGCCCUGGGAACGAAGGCUGUUUACUACCUGGAGGAGAGGACGCCUGGCGAGGUUCCAGGCACCAACACCUGUGACUCCUUGGCCGUGCAGGUUGAGAUCCUAUCGGACUGAUAGGCCUAUCCAUCCUUGGGACUUGUGGAGCCAUCAGUCCUUUCGAGCCCAUGGAGCAUCUCCUGCCUGACUCCUGAGAAGCAAUGGCGGCCGCCUCACACCUAGACAUCGCCUCCUCUGAACGAAAGACCUCUUUUGGAGUUGCAAAACCAUCCGCCUGGCCGCCACAACCUCUGGCCAUGCAUGUCACUCGGCCAAAAUCCGCCAAGGGGCGUACAAGGCCCCACUUGCAGUACUCCCAAAGUGUCAAGGCCUAUUCCUCGCAAGUGCCAUUGUCCCCUCAGCCGUUAGCGAUACCCGCCGUAGAAGUCCCCAGCGGCCGCAGAGUGUCACCUUCCCAGCUUGCCCGGGCUGUUCCUGCUGAAAUCCCAGAUCUCCUCCAGCAAGUGCCCCUGAGAAUGUCCUCUUCCUUAAACAAGUACAGAGUGCUGCCAUCCAUUAGCAGAAAAGAGCUGAGCAAGAGCGGCCCAGAAGGGAUGUCUGGCCAGGCUGGACAGAGCGCCAAGGUGGAGGAGGAGGAGGAGGAGGAGGAGCAGAGUUUCAGGGAUCGCUCCCUGAUGGGGAAGUUGUCCUCACAAAGGGGUCCCAAAGGGGGAAGUGGAGAAUCUAUGGGAAGCCCCCCACCUCCAUCCAAGGCCAGGCCACUCAGCAAAACCAGAGAAGGAGACUUGCCCCUGUCUGCGUUGAAUUUGGAAGAACCCAGUGCGGAGGAGCCAAGGUUGCUCCUGGCCAUCCGAUCCCCGUCCGGCCAGCGCUUCGAGCGCCACUUCAAGCCGACCGACAGCCUGAAGACUGUCCUGGCGGUGGCCGCACAAAAGAACUCGGCCACCUACCGACACUGCAGCAUCGAAACAGUGGAAGUGCCUCGGAGGACCUUCAGCGACCUCUCCAAGUCACUGGCAGAGUGCGCCAUCCCCCACAAGUCAGUGCUGUGCAUUCUGCGGGGAGAGCAGGACGGGGAACCGUAAAGCAACCGAAGGUUGAUUUUUGCAUUAAAUGCUUCUGGAGCUGGUGGCUUUUCUUCUGAGAAUCCACUCCUUUCGCCCAACCUGCUGCCUUUUCCUCCGGUGUCGUACUCUUCCUAGCGCACCCCAUAAAAAGAGAGCAUGGAACCAUUUUGCUUUUAAAGCAUUGCCUUCCAGUUCCCUUUGGGGCCCUCUCUUUCCCGAUCCUCUCAUACAUGGCUUGUCAUUUUCUAGGUUGUUCAGCUGUUUGCAAGCUGACGCUAUUCUGCCAGGAAAUAUUACUUUUGACUCACUUUCUGGUAGAGAGGGUCGAUUUUCAUUUUCUGAUUGGCUUUCAGGACAGAUCCCUUUGGUCCCAGUGGGACUCCAAAGGUAUGGAGGAGCACCCAGAGUUUCCUUUACCAGUCCUGUUAAUUAAAUUGUCCCCCACAUAUCAAUUUUAUCAUCAACAGGGUUUAUCCAGGAGACAUUUGGGGGGAUUUUUGGAUCCAUUUGUCAUCUGUUUAGGAUGCAAAGUUUAGGAUGAAUUCACCUACUGGCUUUGCAGGACGAUGGAGUGAUGUAGCUAAUCCAGCUACUUCCUCUGCCUCCUAUAUCAAGACAAAGAAAGAUGUAUUUGUUCAGUCUUUUAGGGUUUGUUAAUGUAUAUCCCAUCAUUUCUCCUUCUCUUUUGUGAGCUUAUGACUUAAAUUAGUCUGGAGAAAUCAUUGCUGUUGGGUUUAUCCAGUGCACAUUUCAGUGUUUUAAUUUUUCUUUAAAGCAAUGAGGAGCACAGACAUGGUUUCUUUUCAAACAUAUUGAUUCUUCAGUAUUCUGCCAUCAAUUGAGCUUUGCCUGGGCAUGAGCAAACCUGCUUUUCCUUUCUUUUUUUAAGAACAAUGAUUCCACCUAUUUUGAUUCAGACCAGGCCUACUUGCAUUUCUCCAAAUGCCAUUUAUAUUUUUAGAUAUAUCUCUGUGUAUGUGUAACAACAACAACAACUUCACUGUCCCCACACAGGAUUUGAAAUCCCAAGUAUUCUACACAGAUUUCACUCACUGAAGUGGACAGUUUGCCAAAACGGUCUUGUGUCUUGAGUGUUAACCUCUCUCUGUUCAUAGCAGAACCUGUCUUAAGUCUCACAGAGAUCUCCAGCCUUAAGUGCAGACGUUGGUAGCAGAUUCUUAUGGCAGCUGUAAACUUGGGCAAGAUCGAGUGUCUUGGCAAGUGUGACAGGUGGAGAUGUUCAAUUUGACAGGCUGAUACUUGUCUCAAGUUAUUGACAGGUUACAGUUGGAUGUCCAACCUGGUUUCAUUGGCAGCAGGAGGGUUUCUUGUUCUCUUUGCAGAAGCACAAACAGCUCCUGUCACCUUUCAGUACCCCACCAUGUGCACUUUAGUAUUAUAAGAAGCAAGGUCUGUUAGUGGAAAUCAGCUCAGGGGGAGAGCAAGAAAACCCCACAGGACAGCGGGGAUCGCUUGCAUUUUUGUCGGAUGCCAUUUCCUACAUUUGCUUGUCAAGAAUGUAAAGACUUAGCCAUGUUAGUCUGGGAUAUCAGUGCACAAAGGGAUCUUGCGGCACCUCAGAGACUAACUGAAAGAAAAAAGUUGGCAACACGAGCUUUCAUAGUCUGGAAUCUUUUGUAGACAUGCACAUCUGCGGAACUGAUCUACAAAAUGCUACCAACUUCUUUCUUUCAGUUAGUCUCCAAGGUGCUACAAGACCCCUUUGCGUGAUUUUCUAGACUAACACAGUUAUGUCUUUGAAUGAGAAAACCAUCUUUGGGAUUAAGUUACCUCAACCCUCUUCCCUUCCAUAUUUAAUUUCCUAUGUUCAAGGCCUGCAUUCCCAGCCUCCAAAACAGCACCCCAGAAAGAGCUUGGCGAAUAGGGCUAGGGAAGUAUGAUGGCUCUCAGCCUGGGGAAAGUGUUUUUGAAGUGAGAUCCGCACUGACAAGAUUCACAAGGUGGCACUUUUUGGAAACGUGUGUCGUGUGCAAACGUGAUGCCUGCAUCUCAUCCUUUUCUCUUGCUUAAGAGUAGUUUUGUUUUGCAAGUAUCGUCAAUGAGGAAAACCCAAUCAGGUUUAAACUGGUGAACUGAUAACUGGUUGGGGGCAGGGAAUGUUAUCUGCUUUGUGCGUUUAAAAUAAUUUGACAUGUUGUUACGUGUGCUGUUAGAUUCAAUAAAGUGAUUUGGGUGUCACUGUUUCGUUUUA